AUGUCUUUCUCGUGUUUUUCAUCAGCUUGUACUAAGUACAAACAUGUACCUAAACCAAUAUCAAAUAAAUGGAAUAUUAAAGAUUUUGAAAAUUAUAAAUACAAUGAAUUAAAUUCUCAAAAUAUAAAAAAUCUUUGUAAAGAGUCACAUCAGAAUGACAAAGAUAUUUGUUUCUCAGACACAGAUUUUAAAUUUUUAACAAUAUCUUCAAAAUCUGAUAGACAAAGUGAUGAACAAUUAUUAAUAUGUAAAUUGAAUUCAGGAAAUAUUUACAAUUCUAAAAGACAGAUUAGUUCCAAGCAGAUAGAAUUAAAAUUUGAAAGUACAGAUUCAUUUAGUGAUAAUACACAAAAAUACAAAAUUUCCAUAUCUAAAUCAAGCUGUUCACCUUAUUCUUUAUUAACAAAAAAUUUAGUUAGUGAUUCAAAAUAUUUCUCAGAUUCUGCAAUUGAUAAAUCGGAUAUUUUAUCAAAUACUUUUCUUGGCAAAUUAAAGAGGUUUUUAAUAAUUUAUAAAUAUACUAUUGAAUCUAAUUUAAAUUAAUAGAUUAAUUAUUUUAAAUAUUUAUAUAGAUCAAACAAUUCCUAUACAAAUUCUACAUUAUCAAAUACAUCUAAUAUAAUUGAAACAACAAAUCAAAUUUUACAUAUAAAUUCAAAAACUGAAAA